AUGAAUAAUUUCUUUGAUUUAUUAAACUGUCGAAACAAAUUGUGCAAAGGCGAUUAUGCUUUUCCAAUAAAUGAAGAAACUGUUUUUAAAGCUAAACAAUUUCUUGAACAAUUCAAAUUAUAUAUUGAGGGUCUAAAAUUUGAACCAUUAACAACAAAUUCAGAAGGAGAACUGGUAUUAAAAUGCCAAAGAAAAAUUGGGUUUUUAGGUCUCAUCAUAUGUCUUACUCAGGGGCGCCAUUUGGGGGGGGGGGCAGGGUGGGCACUCGCACACCCUGUAAUUUUGGUGUCCGCAAUUGGCCUAGGCCUCAUUAAUACUAUGGCCUUCAGUUUGCUUAUCUUUAAUUGUGCAUGCACCGCAGCUAUUCACUGA